AUGGAGGUGGGCGCAACGGCGGCGGCCUACCUCCCCGACGACCUCGUCGUCGACAUCCUCGCGCGGCUGCCGGCCAAGUCGCUCUGCCGCUUCAAGUGCGUCUCGCGGCGCUGGCGCGCCCUCAUCUCUGACAAGUUUUCUUCCGCCGCGCAGACCCUGUCGGGCUUCUUCGUCUCCCGCGCCCCCGCCUGGCGCUUCACCGUCCUGCCGUCGUCCGUUACUCCUCCCGGUGGUGGAACCGGUGGCCUGCCUCCGGUGGACGCCUCCCUCUCCUUCCUCCCCCCUAGCUGCGUGGAGGGGGAGAUCAAGAUGCUGGACUCGUGCAACUGGCUCCUCCUCCUCCUCUGCUCGGAGGACGAGCGCCCGUGCGAUCUAAUCCUUUUGGUGGCGCCGGUCUGCGUGGCGUGA